AUGCAUGUGUUCCACAGCUCUCAUUUGAAUCAUUUGCCCGGAAAAGAGCUAGAUCUUAAAAGUCCCGCAUAUACCGCUUCGAAAGGAAAGAUAGGAACAGAUAAAUACAAGAGCCAUUCCGUCACUACAGAAUCUGUGAGAAGUGGAAGUAUAGUUUUUGUUUAUCCUGGCGACCUAGCACCAGUGCAUUCGAGAAAUUUCAAGUCACAUCCCUUGGUGGGAAAGAGCAGCGGCAUCCUCAAGCUAAGCUAUGUCAUCCACAGGUCAUGGAAAUCAGGAGUUUCGCGCGUUGUUCCAUCUCGAAUUGAAGCUCGGUGUGCUCGCCGGUCGGUAACUCUUAUUCGAACUGCCACGGUUAGGUCUCACAAAGACCUUGCCUCGUCAACAGUACUUGCUUACUUAUGA